CGCCGUUGAGAAGGCCCCUGCGCGCGGCGCGGCGUGGCGUGGCGUGGCGUGGCCCCAUACAUCUUCCCGGGCCCUUACUGCCGCGGGCGGCCGUGGGCCGCCGAGGAGAGUUCGCAUAAAGUUUUUGGGCUACAUAACCGAAAAUCUAGGGAUUCUGUCAGCUGAAACAACGGCUGGUUUUAAUGUUUUUAUGAUGUGGAAGAAGAGUAAUCUUUGAAGUUUGCCAAGUAAAAGUAUAUAUGGUCAAAGAUGAUGUUCACUCUCUAGAGUUCAUAGACUUGAAAAGCUGCAUAUAGGACAUCAUGAGUUUGUCCUCUCCAGUCAGCUGUGCUGUCAUGGAAGCUGAAUGCUUACAGAAGGCCAGAUGUGAGUCACGGUUACUACAAGAUAGCAGUGAAUCAGAAUUGGACACUGCUGAAGAUCUGAGGAAGAAACUCUGUCAAGCUAAAAAAGAAAAAUUGGAUUUAAUCAUUAAACACAAUCAAGAACUGUCCAACUAUGAAGGUCAGAUAGUCAAAUUACGUUUGGAAGUUGAGAAAGGAGAAGCUGUUCGACAAAGCCUGGAGUACGAAUUGGCAAUUGCCAGAAAAGAUGCCCGUCUGAAAAUGUAUGCUGCAGAAGAGGAGUUAAGUGAUGCAAAAACCAAACUUGUGGAAUUGCAAGUUUUGAAUGAAAAGCUGCAGCAGAAAGUGGCAGAGACUGAGAAAACUUUUCAUAUUGCUCAGCAGAGGUGGAAAGAACAACAGCAAAGGCUUGUAAGUGAAAAGGAUGAUAUCUGCAGAACGUGCAACAGUGAAUAUGAUUUGCUUCUUAAGGAAAGAACCAAACUAGAAAGUGUUUUGCAGGCAGCUACGGUGAGAAUAAAGAAACUGGAAGAAAACAUUGAAGCAGAGAGAGCAGCACAUUUGGAAUCCAAAUUCAAUUCAGAGAUCAUCCAGUUAAGAAUUCGAGACCUUGAAGGAGCUUUGCAGGUGGAAAAAGCCAGCCAGACAGAAGCUCUUUCAAAUUUAGAAAUGAUGAAGAAAGAGUUCAAAGAGGUAGAAAAUGCAUAUGAGAGAGAAAAACACAAUGCUCAAGAGAACUUGGAAAAACUCAAUGUAUUAGAAAAAGAGUGUUUCUCCAUGAACCAGCAAAUGAAUGAGAAGAUUGAGGAAAAGAAGAAGGUAAUUAAAAACCUCUCUGAGAGAUUAGGGAUUAAUGAAAAAACCUGCAGAGAGUUACAGGAUGAACUUGGAAUGGCCAAGAAACACCAGGUCUUUCUAACAGAGACGUAUGAAAACAACAUGAGAGAGCUGGAGUUACUCUUGGACAGCUUUGCUAUGUCAGGCCAGCGGACAGCAGGCACUUUUAAGGACAAAGAUAAACCUCUGAGUCUCUCUGUCCUUGAGACUUUGAGGUGUACCUUGACAGCUUACCAGAAUGAGCUGGAAGAUAUGUCUAAUGAGCUUGAGAAAAUGAAGGCUUUGUGUGAAAAGAUGACAAAAGAACUUGAGAUAUCCAAAGAGAAAACGUGUGCUUUAAGUCAAGACCUUAAGGAAGCUCAGGAUAACCUGGCUGUUGCCAAUAAAGAGUUAAAUCAUCUGCACACUAAGUGUGCAGACAGAGGGACUUUAAUAGGAACUUUAAAAAUGGAACUACAGAAUGUACGGGAGUGUUGGGAGAAGGAGAAAGUACGUGCCACAGAAUCUGAAAAUGAAAUCCAGAAGCUUACCAGGGCUUACCAGAAGGAUAUGGAGGAGAAGCUAACCUUCCUCCAUAGUUUAUACCAGCAUUUGGUAGCAGGCUGUGUGCUUAUAAAACAACCAGAAGGCAUCCUAGAUAGAUUCUCUUGGUCUGAGCUUUGUGCAGUCUUGCAGGAGAAUGUUGAUGCCCUGAUCUUAGACCUCAACAGGGCUAAUGAGAAGAUAUCCCACCUAGAAUAUGUUUGUAAGAACAAGUCCAAUUCUAUGAAGGAGCUUCAGCAGAGCCAGGAAGAUGCUUUUAGCAAAAUGGCUGAACAGAUGAAAGCACAGGAAAGCUGUUGGCAGGAACAGAAAAAGUAUCUGGAGCAGCAGUACUCUGGUCUCCUUGGGGAAGUUCAUGCAAGGGCACAGGAAUACCAAAAAACAGCAGAGAAAAACAAGGAAAAAAUUUAUGUCCUUGAAAAAAGAGAGGAGAAAUUGGCCCUUGAAAAUGUAUCUGUGAAAAAUAUGUUAAUGCAGGUUCAGAAGGAGCAUUCAUCUCUUCUGGCAGCCUGUGCACUAUUGGCAGGUGCCCUGUAUCCUCUCUAUGGCCGAUCAUGUGCAAUGUCUUCCCAAAGAGACCUUCUCCAGGAUCAGGUCAACAUUUAUGAACUAGCGAACCAAGAGAUUAGGACCCUAGUUCAUGCUCUCUCUGAUGUAGAGGAAAACAAUCAAGAUGAAGCAAAACUGAAAAAAGGAAAAUUCAAAGGCCUGAUUCAUGUGUUCCGAAGAGGUGUGAUCGCAGUUCUGGCAGCUAACAGACUUAAAGUUUUAGGCCAGUCAUCUAGUUCCCUCUUCUCCUGGGUAACUGGCUUCAAAGAAGGCAUUGGAAUUCUAGUUUGUAUAGGAGAAUCCAAAGGCAAGCAUAAUCUCUCAAGUCACAAAGAGGAGCAAAAUCACUGUGUUGAAGCACUCAGCUGGUUUACUAGUUCUAACCUCCUCACUGCAAUAAUGAGUUCUGUCACUGAAUUACAGGCUGUUGUUAACAGAACAGAUGUAAAACCCUGGCUUUCUGGACACUUACUUGUAAGUGCAGCUAGGAACUCCUUUUCAAAACUUAUGGACAAGCUUAAUGUAAUAAUGGAGACUGCUCCACGAGACAGCAGCAAGAACAUUAGUUGUCUGGAGAACGACUCCUUGGUACAGAGGCUGGCUCAUGGACUUCAUAAAAUAAAUACCCAGGCCCUGGAAGCUGGAUUGUGUGACAAACUACCUAUUAUGAAAAGCAUAGCAUCCUUGCAGAAGCAAAUAUUUGAAUUUAUACAAAGACUUCAUACAGCAGAGGUGGAACGUCGCUCACUGCGUCUAAAACUUGCAGAAUUCAAAUGGAAUUUCAGUGAGAUGAAAAAAGAAGUUGAUAAAGCCCAGAGCCUUCAAGAGCAAUUAAAUAUGUUUAAGAGAUCUAAAUUAAUCACCUGUGAGAGAUUUGAAAGUGCAUGUGAAGAAUUAAAUAAUGCAUUACAUCGGGAGCAUCAGGCACAAGUGCUUUUGAAUGAACAGGCGCAACAGCUACAAGUGUUAAAUAAUAAACUAGAAUUGCACUCCAGUGAAGAAGCAGAUAAAAACCAAGUCUUAAGUAAAACUGUAAAGAGACUCUCCGAGGCAAAGAUGGAGCUGAGAAGAAAAGAUCAAUCUCUGCAUCAGCUCAAUAGACUUCUUACCCAGCUGGAGCAGGACAAGCGUCGACUGAAGGAGAGCGUCCAUGAUGCAGAGAGUGCCCUCUGCAUGGCAGCGAAAGACAAAGAAUUGAUUAUUAGUCAUAUGAAAUCUGUGGAAGCCAUUCUUCAUAAGGUCAGAGAUCAGACCUUGCUGUCAUGGACUGCGGCAACCAGGAAUGACUUCACCCUGCAGCUACCCAAACUGCACCUAGAGACCUUUGCAGUGGAAGGGCUGAAGGGCAGGCCAGAGGUUGUAGCAUUUCAGGGCAAUCCUGCAAUCUUGGAUGAGGCCAUGAUUAAAACUUUUAUGGAUGUCUACCAACUUGCAAGUUCCAGAAUUGACAUGUUAGUGAGAGAAACAACAUCUCAUCAGCCUCAUGCUGAAGCCCUAAAAUCCAAGCUCCAAACAGCCUGUCUUCAUGAAACUGAGAGCUUACAAUUGGAUAAAGGAGAAGGCUUUGGAGUCUCUUUUUUUUGUUGUUUUUCUCCUCUCCUUCCUCCUUUCUUUUAUUUUAUUCAUGUGAAGCAAAGGACCAUAGAGAAAAUGAGGAUUCUUCGUCUGUCUUUUUGAAACAGAACAUCUGUAAUAAGAGAGGCAUCACUAAUGCAAAUGCCAUAAACACAUCGGUAAAUGUAUAUUUGAAGGCUGUGUCUGUGUCUUUGGAUGUUUCCAACAGAAUUACAUUAAUUUCUUAUCCUGCUUCUAACUUGUAUCAGCACAAUGGGAAAUGAGUGCA